AGAAUAAUAAGAUGUCCCCUGAAAUAUAUGCUUCAUCGUGGUUUUUGACUUUGUUUGCCUCAAAAUGCAAUAUGAGAAUUUUGAAUUUAAUUUAUAUGAUCUUUUUAUUAGAGCAGAAUCCUUUUUUUUAUUUUUAUUUUUCUUUAGCUCUAUUAAUCUUACACAGAAAUAUAUUUUUAUGUGUUGAUAAUUCGAAUUUACCAGAAUUAUUAAGUAAAAUAAAUAUUUUUAAUAAAAAAUUUUUAAAAAAAGUGUGGGCAUUUGGAAAGUAUCUAGAAAGACAGACCCCUAUUUCUUUUGUUCAUAAACUUUUUUUUAUAAAGAAUGUUUUAAUUUAUUUAACUAGUGAAAAUUCUGCAGAAAAUUAUGAGAGAAAGAAUGUUCUUUUAAACUUCUUUAAGUCUAUUGAUUAUAUGUCUGUAAAUUCUUAUGAGAUAUUAAAAAAUUUAUGUGAAGGAAAUGAUAAGUAUCUUUUUUUGGAUAUAAGAUUGAAUAGUCAUUUCAAAUCUUUUCACUUAUAUAAUUCUAUAAACAUGGAAUUAGUGAAAAAUUAUUUAGACAUAUUCAAAAACACCAUCAGUAUUGAAAAUAAGAAAGAGAAGAGAAAAAAAAAGAAAAAGAAACCAUGUGAUAUAAAUAAUGUGUGGUAUAUUUUAAACCAUUAUGAUGAUAGAGAAGUCGUGAGAAACGAUAAAGAUCUUUUUUGUUUUUUAUUAAGAAAAAAAUAUAACAUGAACUGUCUGAUUAUUUAUGAUGAUAAUAUUUUAUUAAAGAAAAAAAAACAAAGUGAGCAAGUGAAAAGAAAAUCGAAUCAAAUUAAUUUUGGAGCCUUAGAAAAUAAAAAUAGGAAGAGAUCAAAGUGGAACCAAACAAAUAAAAAAAUAAAGGAUAAAGAAAAAAAAAAAAUAAAUAAUCAUAAUAAUAAUAAUAAUAAUAAUAUUUUACGAACAAAAAAAAAAAGAAUAAGUAGACAAAAAAGAGAAGAAUUAUUUCAAGGUGUUAAUAAUAUUUUAAAAGUACAAGAUGAUUAUAGAAUUGAUUUAAAUAGAAAUUUUUAUGAUAUUUAUAGAGGUAAGCCAACUGGAAAUAUUAAAUCUCCUCAUAAAAUUAAAUUUAAAACACCUUUGCAAUCAGGUCAAAUAUAUUUACAACAUAAAAUAAUUGAAGAUCAUAAAAAUUAUUAUACAGAUGAUAAUAUAUUAUGUGAUCAUUUUAAUUUAAAAUGUUAUCUUAUAAAAAAUAAAUAUCUUUUAGAUAAAAAAAAAUAUAUAAAAAGUAACCAAACAGAUCAUAACAACAAAAAGGAGACUAAUCUUUAUAGAAAGAGGGAGCAAAAUGGUAUGUAUAUAAAUGACCAUCUUAAUUGUGAAAACACAACAACAACAAAUAAUAAUAUAAAUAUAAAUAAUAUAUAUAAUAUAAAUAAUAUAUAUAAUAUAAAUAAUAUAAAUAAUAUAUAUAAUGAUGGGCACAUAUGUAAUAACCACACUAGUGAGAUAAAGAAUCCUUCGAUGGUCACAUUUUUUGGGGACCAGAAGAGACAAACAGAGUCUGAAGAAAAUAAUAAUAUUAUAAAUGUUUCAUGUGAUAUAGUAAAAAAUAAUAUAAAUCAAAACAAUAUGAACACCAGUUCUUAUAAUUUAUAUGUAUUAAUAAAAGAGAAUGUUUUGAAGGAUGUAAAUAUUUUGCAUUUUUUUUUUAAAAAUAUAUAUGUUCCAAAUAAAGAUGUAAUUAUUUUAUAUGACGAUGAUUUUCAUAAUAUUAAAUAUGUGCGUAAAUUAUAUUUCGAUUUAAUAUAUAAAUUGAAGAUAAAAAAUGUAUCUAUUAUUGAAGGUGGUAUGGAUUCUUAUCAUAAAAAUUUUAUUAAUAUAUUUGGUCAAGACACUUUGAAGAAGAACAAUAGAAAUAGUAAUACAAUAUUAAAUGUUAAUAAAUUAAAGGAUUCAAAUAAUUUAAAGUUUAUAAAUAAUUAUAAUAAAGAUAUUUAUAUAUGUGAAAAAAAUACAUAUCUAAAUCAUAAUGCUCAAUCAUGUUAUAUGUGUAAUAAUAAACAUUUUAAACAUAUGAAAAGGAAAAUAUUAGAUGAGUUUUUUUUUGACAUAUACAAUGAUUAUAAUAUUUUUGUUGAUUGUUAUGAUUUUAUGGAAGGAAAAAAGGGGGAUAUGAAUUUUUUAGCUUUCAUCGAUUUAAUAAAAGAAAGAAAAGAAAAUCAAAAUAUAUAUGAAGCAAAACAGAAGGACACAGAAGAUUUAGAACAAGUAGAAGGAAAUACAUCUACUUUUCUUCCUCAAAUAUAUUCUCUUGUGAAUUAUAUUAAAAGAAAAAAAAAUGAUAAAAAUGAAGAAUGUAAUGAUAAUGAAAUGCAUAAAAAAAAAGACACAUCCACAUCAAACAUUUUGCAUGGAUCUCUUCAUAUUAAUAAACAACAAACAAAUAUUCAUACAAGUAUGUUUAAUAGUAUGUCUAAAAAAGAAAGGAAAUGUAAAUCAACGGGUACUAAUAUAAAUGAAGAAAUGAAUAUAUGUAACGAUUCAAAUAUAAAAAGAGAUUAUUUUAAUUUGAAUUAUUAUCUUGAUUAUUAUAAUAAAAAGAAAAAUGAGUUUUUAAAUAUUAAUUUAAAUGAUGAUGAAGAUAAGGAUAUUAAAAGAAAUGUCUCGAUUAAUAAUAUUAAAAAUAAUUAUAGUGAUAAGAUGAUAUAUGAAGAAUGUAUUGAUCAAAAUAUUGUAGAAGAAAAUAAAAAUAAAGAAGCUCAAGAUGUAUAUAAUAAAGAUAAAGAAGAAUUAUCAAAUAUAGAAACUAUGAAACAAUGUGAUGAAUCUAUGAAUGAUAAAAAUGAAAAAAUAUGUUUACAAAAUAAUAUAAAAAAAAUAAGUAAUAAUAAGGAUAGUUAUAUAAAUUAUAAUAAUAUAUCAAAUACAUUUUUAUAUGAUAAUAAAGAAUUCUCAUAUAGUAAUAAAUUUUCUAUAUAUAAUAAUUUUUAUACAGAUAAAAAAAAAAAAAAUAUAUUAUCAAAUACAAACUCAGAUAUAUAUAAUUUAUAUUCAUAUAUAGAUAUAUUAUGUUAUAAUAAUCUGUUAUAUAAAAAUAAUAGUAAGAUAUAUAAAUGUUAUAUAAAUUAUAUAUAUCAACCUUUAAUUCCACAUAAUAUAAGAUCCAAUAAUAUUAUAAAUAAUUUUUUGGAAUACGUAAAAUUUUUUAAAACUCUUAAUAAAAAAGAUGUAAAUUCAGUAAACGAUCCUAACAUAUAUUUAAAUUGUAAUAAGUUAGAUUCUAAAUUAUUUUUUAAUGGUUUAUAUUAUUUGCCAUUCAAUCAAAAUGUUAGCAAUAUGAAUAAUUUCAAUAAUAUCAACAAUUUGAAUAAUAUGAAUAAUGUGAAUAAUGUGAAUAAUGUGAAUAAUAUGAAUAAUAUGAAUAAUGUGAAUAAUGUGAAUAAUGUGACCAAUGUGCCAUUUUCUAAUUCUCUUUUCACAUCCAAGGUUCAUAUAGGUCAAGACAAAAUAAAUUCUAAUAACCAUGAUGAUAAAAAUAAUAUAGAUGACCCUUAUAUAGAAAAUCAAAAGGAUGAACACAUAAAUGAAGUGAAUCCAUGUAGUAAUCAUUCUAAUCAUAUAUAUGGUGAUAAUUAUUUUUAUCAAAAAAUAAAAAAAAACGAACCAAAGGAUGAUAAUCCGUUUUCUGAAUUAUUAAAUAAUUCAAUAUUAAAUAAUACAUGGAUAAAAAAUAAACCAGAAUUGGGGCUAUGUAAAUUAAUGAUAUAUGAUCAUUUUUUAAUUUUAUAUGGCACACCAUAUAUAUGCAAUGUUCAUGUGGUGGGCAAAAGAGGAAAAGCGACUGAAAGGAAAAGUUAUAAAUCCAAAAAUAAAAAUGAUGACAUAUAUAAAAAUGAUGACAUAUAUAAAAAUGAUGAUAUAUAUAAAAAUGAUGAUAUAUAUAAAAAUGAUGAUAUAUAUAAAAAUGAUGACAUAUAUAAAAAUGAUGACAUAUAUAAAAAUGAUGAUAUAUAUAAAAAUGAUGAUAUAUAUAAAAAUGAUGACAUAUAUAAAAAUGAUGAUAUAUAUAAAAAUGAUGAUAUAUAUAAAAAUGAUGACAUAUAUAUAAACCACAGUGACCAAUCAUUGAAACAUAAUAAUUUAGAAAUAUGUGAGGAGGGGGUAUCAAAUAAUAAUGCUUUAGACCCAGGAACAGAAAAUUUUUUAAAAGAGAGAAAAGAAUAUGUCGAUAAAGAGAAGGUACCAUUUAUAUAUUAUGAUGAUAAAUUUGAUAAAAUGAUAAUACAUAAAUAUAAAGAUUUUAAAAAAAAAGAUAUAUUAUUUAAUAUUGAAUGUUAUAAAUUAGAUGGAUUAUAUGUAAAUUGGAAUGAUAUAUCUGAUAAUAUAUUUCAUAGUAUAACAUUAGAACAUAUAAAUGAUACAUAUAAUUAUUAUAAAACAUAUUUUAAUUUAUCAAAAAAUAAUUUAUCAUAUAAAAUUAAUUCAAAUCAUGAUCAAAAAAAUAAUCACAAUAAUUAUUAUUUCUAUGAAUCUUCUAAUUCAUCUUAUAAUAGUAAUACUUCCCGUUCCAAUAGUUCUUCUUCUUCUUCAUCUUCUUCUGAUAAUGAUGAUAAUGAUGAUGGUGUAGAUUUUUCUUUUUCUGAUUAUCAUAAUUUAUAUAAGAAAAAGUUUAAAAAUAAGAAAAAAGAAACUGAUAAAAAGGAACAGAAAUUAUCUAAUCAAGAAUUAUAUAAAAAACAAAUUGAUGCAAUUAAUGUAUAUGGUAUUUUUGAUCUACAUACUAUUCAUAAAAUAACAACCAAACAGAAUUCUUUAAAAACCUUAUAUUUUUAUUUUUCAACAAACAAGAGUAUUCCAUUAAUGGUUUUAAAUUUUGAGAGUGAACUGGAAGUGCAGUCGUGUGUUUCCGCUGUUCAGGAAAUAUAUUCUUCCUUUACAAAAAAAAAAACAAAUUAA